AUGAGACCAAAGAGUCCAUAUUCCCAAUCCCAGGGAAAAAUUUCAAGAGAUUUUAUUUACAGAGGAAUCAAUAAACCUCGAAAUACAUCGUAUCCUGUUCCUGUCCAUGCAGUGCCACCUCGAACGAGACAUCGACCUUAUAAACCCUUUAAAUGGCAAUCAUCACAUUUACCCGUGAUUGAUGAUGAUCUAAACGAUUCUAACAAACCACCCAUUCCGCCUCCGAGGAAAAAAAGAAAACGGAAAAUCAAUUCUUCGGAGGUUUUAAAUAACCAAUUACCGGAGUUGUGUUCUCCGAGUUACGUACUCUAUUCGGAAAAUCUCAUGAAUCAAAAUAAAACAAACAAAUCCAACGGAAAUGGAAAUAACGGUAACCGAAUGUUUGAAAGAUCGCAUUGUAAAAAGAAAAAUUCAGGACAAGAUCGUUUCGGUAAAAUAUCCGGAAAUAGAAUGAAAAAAUUUUUAAUGGAUUCCACUUCGAAAGAUGUUAAAGAUGAAGAAAUGAAAAAUAAUAAUAAUAAUAAUAAAAAUAAAAAAAUGGAACGAAAAAUCAAACACGUUUCAACUGUAUCUUUACCGAAUUACAACGAGCUAAUAAAAAAAAGUCUCAGAAAAGUCUCAGCUGACGCGGAAAAUGUCGAUUAUAAAAAUGGGAAUCAAUCAGCGACGGGGUCGGUGAAACUCCCCCGUCGUAAUUCGUCUUCUAUAUCGCUCCCUGGAGAAGGAUCAAAUUCCAUACUGAGCUCACUUUCGGAGGCCACCAUCAAUUGUUUUGAAAAUUAUAUGAAAAGAUGUCGGAGUUUCGGGUCUUUAAAACCUCAAAUGCUCACGGAUAAAUCAAAUGAUUUUAAUAAAACUCACAGAUCAUCGUCCGAAAGUUCGGACAGUUGGUCGGGUUUAGGUGAAUGGGAUCUCGGAGUAAUAGAACAUUGUCAACCGACCCAUAAUGCCGAAUCUCACGUCAAACCAAAGUUAAAAAAAAAUAAAGAAGAUUUUGUGUUUUCACGCGACGUAAACAACAAAUAUCGGGGAAAAAAAUUUAACGAUAAAUUAAAUGACGAAAUAAUAACGGAAAUCAAAACGGUUGAAAUCAAAUCGGUACCAUUGGAAUGGUUUUUAAAUCCGGAAAAAAGACCUCCAGCCAUAAUGCCGGCAACGAAAUCGGGUAAAAUUUUUUCAAUAACGCCACCCCCAUCGCCGGAAGGUGGAGAAACAACGGACGAAGAAAACGAUGGAAAUUUCCCUUUAGAAUUUGACACGAAUCCAACCGAACAUUCUUCUUUACUUAAAAUACUAAAACAGUACAAAGAAGAUAAAAGUGAUGAAAAGACUCAGAUGGACGCGGAAAAAUUAGUGAACGUAGUUAUUACAAACGAUUCUCAAAAGAAUUCUAUGAAUUUUGAUGAAGUGAAUCCGAAUGAUGAUGAUGAUAAUGAUGAUGAAUCUUCAAAAGAAUAUCAAACAAAUCUUUUUAUUAGGAGAAUAAGCCGGUCAAACAGUUUUGGAAAUGAAAAAUCUAAUCCUCCUUUACAAGAUUGGUACAGGCUACGUUCUCCCUCGGUCGGUUUAGAAUGUUCGACGCAACUUCUUCGACAAUUACAAAAAAAUCAGGAAGAUAUAGAAAGAGAAAUUUUUUUAAGGCCGAACGAAUUGUUGAAUAGAUUAAGGAGGGAAAGCCUUUUUCGUAGCGUGCCGAAAGAUGCAUUUGAAGCUUUCGAAAAAAGGAAAACGAUUCAUUUGAGAGAGUCGCUCAAUGAAUUUUUAGGUUUUAAAAAUGACGAUAAAGAUACCGCGACGACUGACGAUAAUAAUGAUGAAAAUUUAAAAAAAAAAAAAAACUAA